AUGACCGCAGAUCUCAACAUCUCCUACACUCCCGCCACUGUGCCCGCUGCGACUGCCGCCAAGAUGAACGGCAACGUCGACAUGCAGAGCGCUAAGCGAGCGCCUGAGGUUAACGGACACAAGGAGCCUGGGUACAAGACGCAGCGCGCGCCGACGGACCUCGUCUCACGCUUCAUCGAGCAGUGGCGCGAACUUGAGCAGUACAAAUCCGGCAAGACCAUCGUUGUCGACGGACAGUCGCUCUCGAUCGCUGCGGUCGUCGCCACCGCGCGUUACAGCGCUGGGGUGGCACUCGAUGACUCGCCUGAAGCUCGCGCGCGCGUUGACAAGAGCCGUAAGGUUAUUGUCGAUGCGGUUGCUGCUGCUCGUAGUGUUUACGGGGUCAGCACCGGCUUUGGUGGCAGUGCCGACACCCGCACGGACAACACGAUCGCACUUGGCCAUGCGCUGCUUCAGCACCAUCACACCGGCAUCUUACCCUCAGCACCGCGUAUCCACGAUGUCCUUCCAUUGUCUGACUCGUUCGCAGUAACGGCUAUGCCUGAGGCAUGGGUCCGCGGUGCAGUCCUCGUUCGCGCCAACUCACUUGUUCGCGGCCACUCAGCGGUUCGCUGGGAGCUUCUUGAGCGCAUGGCCGCUCUCUUACGCGAAGACAUAACGCCCUUUGUUCCGUUGCGUGGCAGCAUCUCAGCUUCUGGUGACUUGACGCCGUUAUCGUACAUCGCGGGCGCUAUCACCGGUAACCCCACGAUCCGCGUCUAUACGGGGCCCCGCACUGCGCACGGUCGUGAAGUUCAGCGCGCGCCAGAGGCGCUCGCGGCAGCUGGACUUGCACCACUUCCGCUGCUCGCCAAGGAACACCUGGGCAUUAUGAACGGGACGGCGUUCAGUGCUGCACUAGGCGCUCUAGUGGCACACGAUGCUGCACACCUGGCACUACUUGCACAGGUACUCACAGCUCUCGGGACGGAGGCGCUCCUUGGUGUACGCGCCAACUACGCGCCGUUCAUCCACGAAGUCGCGCGCCCCCACCCUGGUCAGGUCGAGGCUGCGCGUACGAUCUGGGAUCUCCUUGAGAACAGCCCUCUUUCGUUCGGCCAUGAGAAAGAUGUCUCAAUCGACGAGGACCGAGGCGAACUGCGUCAGGACCGUUACCCCCUUCGCACGGCGCCUCAGUUCCUCGGCCCGCAGCUCGAAGACAUCAGUGCGGCACUGAGUACGCUGACGACUGAGUGCAAUAGCACAACGGACAACCCUCUCUUCGACGGCGAGACCGGAGAGGUGCACCAUGGCGGUAACUUCCAGGCUAUGGCCGUCACGGGCGCGAUGGAGAAGACGCGCUUAGCCCUCGCGGUUAUCGGCAAGUUGCUCUUCUCGCAAAGCACCGAGCUCGUCAACCCUGCUAUGAACCGCGGCUUGCCGCCUUCUCUUGCCGCCAGCGACCCAAGCUUGAACUACCAUGCGAAGGGGCUGGACAUCGCUACCGCCGCCUAUACCGCUGAACUCGGCUACCUCGCCAACCCCGUCAGCACACACAUACAGAGUGCUGAGAUGCACAACCAGGCCGUCAACUCGCUCGCGCUUAUCUCCGCUCGCGCGACCCUCACUGCCACGGAAGUCCUCAGCAUGCUCAGUGCAACGUACCUUUACCUGUUGUGCCAGGCCAUCGACCUUCGUGCUCUACAGGCCGACUUUGACGCGGGUCUGGAGCGCAUCGUUCGCGAGGAGCUCUCCACGCACUUCUCCACAUAUGCCAACACCGAUGGUCUACUUCUCCCACAAGUACUCCCAGCUAUGCGUGCUGCCCUUGAUACGACCGGAACCAUGGACGCCACGGAGCGCAUGAUCGCCGUUGCAGCUGCAUCGGCGCCCGUUCUUCUGGACGCGCUUGCCGGCUCUGGCUGCCCGCUUGACGCUAUCGCCGCUUUCCGCGCCUCCUCUGCAUCUCGUGCCUCGGCCCUUCUGCAGACUCUGCGCAGUGAGUACCUCGAGGGCAGCCGUGGUCGCGCUCCCGGCGCACAAAUUCUCAAGCGUACGCGCCCGCUGUACGAGUUCGUGCGAGUCAAGCUCGGCGUCCGCAUGCAUGGCGCGGAGAACGCCGCCCUGUUCCCCAACGGGCUUGGUGUCGACUCUCCCAGCAUCGGCGAGAACGUUAGCAGGAUAUAUGAGGCUAUCCGGGACGGUGAGAUGCAGAGUGUUGUAGUCGGUAUGUUCGCGUAG